AUGUCAACAUUCCCUAUUGACACUGUUGACAACAGUGAACAUCCAUUCGUUAACUUAUCACAUGUCUUAUUACAAACAAUAACAAACAAUCUAUAUAAUAUCGAUCGUAUAUGUUUCACAUUCGUUUGUCAACGAUGGUAUCGACAAAAGGAUGACUACCUAUUGUUAGAGACACUUGGCGUACCAGUAUCUGCAGAGAUCAAUGAGUUCAAACAUAAGCGUGUACUAAAGUCCUAUCUCAAGAUCAUUGAGUUCUCCCUGCUCAUCAAACGUGAGACUCAUCUACUGAUCGCAGGCGAACAGAGUGAGAUUGACAUGCUCACAUGGCUAUCAUUAGACUACAUGUUAUUACCUGACAAGCCUAUACCAUCAUCUGUGACUAGACUUGAACUUGGUGAUACAUUCAAUCAACCAUUGUCAGUGUUGGAGACCUUGCCAACCUCAUCAAUCAGGAUUAUGUCCUCCAAGUCAUUCAAUCAACCAUUGGAGGCAAAGAUGUUCCCUCCAACAUUGACAGAGCUGUAUCUUGGAAAGUCGUUCAAUCAAAAGUUGACGCCUGGAUGCCUCCCAAGCACGCUAAAGUCGAUAACCUUUGGUUGGGACUUCUGUCAGGACAUAAACCCGGGUGUAUUACCCGAUGGUUUGCUUAAACUAAGGUACAGCCAUCAUUGGUAUAUCACUGUUGUACCAAACAGCAUACCAAGUAGUGUGGUUGACAUUGAGUACUUCCCUGUUGGAUCGCUGCACCUUCUCCCCACCUCAGUGACCAGGCUUCAUCUAUUCCUGCUCCAUGAUAUGACCAUCCCCGUCGGUGCUAUCAAGUCCCAUGUUGUGGAUCUAGAGGUUGGAAACUUUGCCUUCCAAUUUGCCGAGGGCAUGCUGCCACCAAGUCUCACCAAACUUCACAUGGGCACGGUCUACAAUCAUCCAGUCACCAAGGGUGUCUUUCCUGACACCUUGACAGAGUUGCAGGUCAGCUCUGCCCUCAAGUAUCCAAUGGGCCCUGGCGUCCUCCCCUUAGGACUAAAGAAGAUUCAGUUUGGCUAUUGCUGGAACAUUCCACUGGAGCCAGCAGACAUCCCCGACAGUGUCACAUACCUCAGGUUCGAAGGACAGUUUGACCAGCCCAUCCAUCAUCAUGUGCUACCCAAGAAUUUGGAGACGUUACACUUUGGAGACAGCUACAACCAGAUCUUAAAACCAGGUGUCCUCCCUCAGACCCUAAAGACACUGAUCUUUGGCUCAAGUUACCAAAGGGUGGUACAUCCAGAUACAUACCCUGUAGGUAUGUCUACUCUCACUGUCAGGUCGUUCAAGUUCUUUGAGGUCAACAGGCCAAACGACUUGCCCAAGACCAUCACGUCAAUCGAAGCGUACGGUCUAUACCGAACAGCCCUUCGUCGUCUGAACGAUUCACUAUUCCUUGGUGUUGGAGGCAAGUUCAAGAGUUCCUUCAUCAGGUCCGACCAUCACUUCAUGGAUGAUGUAGAGUCAAUUAUCAAGAUGGAAGGUAUAUCCUUCAGUUUCUAA